AUGAUGGAGCCAAUCACAGAGGAAGUUGAGGAAUUACCAAACCCAACAAUUGAUCAAUCACAAGAACAACCACAACAACAACAACUCAAAUCAUCAUCUACAACAACAACAUUAAUAUUAAAAAAUUACAAUCACAACACAAGCAGCAAGGACAACAAGGAUAACAAGGAAAACAAAGUCAACAACAAUAAUAUAAAUAUAACAAAGGAUGCAAUCUUGGACAACUAUGACAAUAACUUGUCUAGCAAGUGCACAUUCUGUCAACAGAAUAUCAAACAGAUACAAUGGAUACCACACAUGAACCAAUGUCUACAAUUGGCUAUAACUAUAUCAAAUGUCGACUCCAACAUCAACUACAAUAAUAAUGAAUAUACUACAAAACAAGAGACAGAGGAGAUAAGAUCGGAUAUAAAGAGUCUAAAGAGAAAGUUGGGUGAGAUGGAGUGUGGAGUUGACCCUAGAGUUUUGCGUCGAGAGGACCCAGAGUACCAAGAUUGUGUAGUCGAGAAAUGUUUGAUGGAUCCUGUGUGGAGCUCGAUGAAGGCUGUCAUUGUGUUUGGUAACCUACACAUCCGUUUAUGUCAUGCACAACACUUCUACAACGACGACUUUGUCAACAAGUUUGUUCAAUCCUAUGGUAAUAUCAAGCCUCGAUCAAUGUCCCCUUCAUCUCCACGCUCCAAGAACCAUACAUGCAAGAUGUGUCAUAAACAAGUAACUGGAUUCUACUAUCUCACCAACUCUGUCUUUGAUCACAAAGUCUACAUGUGUGGUCUAUCAUGUAUAGUCAAGUCCUUCAAGACUCUACCAAAUCAUCAACAUCAUCAUACAACGACACCAACCAACAACAACAACAAUAUAAUCAACAACAACAACAACAAUAAUAAUAAGAUGAAUGGACAACAACAAGUUCCAACAAAGAUGAUGAGGUCCACAAGCCCAACAAACAUGGCUCCAGCGAUUGAGGUAUCCAAGCCAACAAUAAUAGUU